CUUUGUUAGCCCUGUGGGCCUGUAUAUAUAUUUUUGAGAAAAAUGCCUGACAAUGAAGUGAUUUACAACACGCUUGCGAGUCUAGCCCAGAACCCAGACUUGGGCGGUGUACAUGGGAUGCUGGAUUGUGUUUUUGGCUUCCUAGCUGAACGAACUGAUUUUUUCUCUGGCGGAAAUCCGGGAGAGGCUAAGAAAAUUGUGGAUGCUGCGUAUGAAAAAUGGGCUAAGAAAUCAGCAUCUAUUGCUGCCGAGAAAGAGAAAGAAAAAGAGAAAGCCGAAGAGAAGUUGAAAGCCAGAUUAGCAGCUCAAAAACAAAAAGAAGAAGCAGAAAUUAAAGCGAACAAAGCAAGCAAAGAAGAUGAGCCCAAAAUCCAAGAGUUGACCGAUGAGCAGGCGGAGGAGCUGCAGAAAAAGUUGGACGCUGAGAAGGCAGAAGCGCCCGGUGAAGCAUCAUCUUCGUCCUCAUCUAGUUCCAAAACAUCGGAGGGUGCCAAGAAAGACGAAGACAAAGAUGAGGACGAGGAGAGUGAAGAAGACAAGGGCAAACUGAAGCCCAACUCCGGCAACGGAGGAGACUAUGAAAACUACAGCUUCACACAGACACUCAGUGAACUGGAUGUCAGAGUUCCCCUGAAGGUUGACUUCAAAGUGCGUGCACGUGACUGUGCGGUGGACAUCCAGAAGAAACGCCUGAAAGUGGGCAUCAAAGGGAAGGAGCCAGUGAUAGAUGGAGAACUGCACAAGGAGGUCAAAUUGGAGGAGUGUAUGUGGAAUAUAGAAGGGCAGGCUAUUGUGUUGACUAUGGAGAAGGUGGACAAAAUGAGUUGGUGGUCUCAAGUGGUCACUUCAGAUCCUCACAUCAACACUAAAAAGGUUGAGCCCGAGAACUCUAAACUAUCGGACUUAGACGGGGAGACGAGGGCUAUGGUGGAGAAGAUGAUGUACGACCAGAGACAGAAGGAGAUGGGACUGCCCACCUCGGAGGACCAGAAGAAGAACGACAUCCUGCAGAAGUUCAUGGCACAACACCCCGAGAUGGACUUCUCAAAGGCCAAGAUAUCCUAACAUUACAGUUGCCGUCGCCAUUACCAACACCAUCAUCAGUACAAUAGAUUCUUUUUCUUACCAAGGAUUGAAUGCUUUCAGUGAAGUCCUUCAUAUUAUGUGUUUCUUCUGAUUGAACACGGAAGAUUAUGAAUAAAAUUAUUGAAACGAA